AUGAUAAAGAGCCGAAUUUUGCUCUUAUUUCCUUUCUACUUUAGUCUCCUCUGUGAGCUAAGUGGCCGAGUUGGUGGCCUUGGACCUGCGGUGGACGGUGAAGAGGUUGGUGUUGGAUUAAUCGUUGAUAUGGGAUCGAAGGAGGGCAAAGUUUUCCAUGGCCGCGUUUCCAUGGCGAUUUCCGAUUUCAAUAGCUUUGGUAGGGACAACCAAAUGAGGAUAGUUCUCCAUACAAGAGACUCCAAAGGGGACCUUUUGCUUGCUUUAUCUUCCGCUUUUAAUCUCUGGGAAAAAAACAAAGUCAAGGUCAUCCUCAGUGCGCAAAAAUCAACAUUGGAAGCAAAGUUUUUGGCUGAAUUUGGGAAUAACACCAAAAUUCCAGUAAUCCCAAUUUCCGCCCCAUACUUGAUUCAAGCUCCACCACAUGAUCAUGCCGAAGUGAAAGGAAUUGUUGCUUUCGCAGAAUUACAUAAAUGGGAAAAGGUUAUCCUCAUUUACGAAGAUCAUAAUGACAAUCAUUGGAGUGAUUUCUUUGAAGAGAAAAAGUUUCAGGUUGCAUAUAAAAGCUCAGUGGCUGCUUCAUCCAAAGACGAACACAUAAUUGAAGAGCUUCAUAGGCUCAAAGCAAUGGAAACUUCGGUACUCGUUGUGCAUGUUGAACCUGUCUUAGCAUCUCGUAUUGCCGUACACGCGAAAAGGCUAGGAAUGGUUAGCCAAGGGUAUGCAUGGAUCGUCACCUCCAAGUGCAGGAAUCACUUGCAGAAUUUGAAAGAUUAUUCAUCGAUAUUAGAAAACAUGCAAGGAUUCAUUGGUUUCAGGUCUUAUAAUAUUAAAGAAUCAAAGGAGUUUGAUAUGCUACAACUGAUGAACUUUACUCAAAUGGUCAAUUUCGGAAUAGUGAAUGUGUUAGGGACUGAAGGGGAAAGAAGAGUUGGAUUUUGGACAGGGAAAUUCACCAACAAAUUAUCACACGGGUUUACCCAUGGAAGGCAUUUAUUUUCAAGCUCCGGCUUCGAAACAAUAAUCUGGCCUGACUCUAUUGCUGUUCCAAAAUCAAACGGGUUCCCUCAAUUACUGAAAGUGGACAUUGAUCUUCAGACCAAUAUCACCUUCUCUGGUUUCUGCAUAGAGGUUUUCAAAGCUGCAAUGGCGGGUUUGGAGCAUAAAGUGCCCUAUGAGUUCGUCUCCUUCGAAUAUAAUAACCCAAACAUAGGUGAGGCUUACAGUGAUCUUGUCUACCAAUUAUAUCUCCAGUACGAUGCCAUUGCUGGGGACAUAACGAUCACAGCAAAUAGAUCAUUGUACGUGGAUUUUACUUUGCCGUUUACCGAGAUGGGGAUCGGGAUGGUUACUCGGCUACCCCCAAAGGAGAGCCAAAACUUGUGGAUUUUCUUGAAACCACUCUCACCAGGUCUUUGGCUUACAAUUGUGGGAGUUUAUGUCUUAUCAGCUUUAUUUAUUUGGCUGAUUGAACGUCCUGCAUUUGUUGAACGACAAACCCGGCAAUCAAAUGGGGAAAUUGGAAGGAUGUUUGGCUUCUCCUUCUCUAUCUUUGUUUUUACACAUUGGGAGAAAUUAUCGAGCAACUUGUCGAGAUCAGUGGUUGUUUUGUGGGUGUUUGUGGUGUUCAUAUUGGGCUCGAAUUACACUGCCACUUUGACAUCAAUGAUGACGGUUCAACAGAUUGAGUUCAACUCUGGGAAGAGCAUCAUAGGACGUGCAACAGGCCCUGUUACCCAAGGAGCUAUUGGCAAUCUAAAUUUCCCGAAUUCACAUUCAAAAUCUAUCAGGCUUACUUCUCUCGAAGAAUAUGCCAAGGCUUUAUCGGAAGGAAGGAAAAAUGGUGGAGUCUCCGCGAUAAUUGAGGAGAUGCCAUACAUCAACAUCUUGCGACAAAAAUAUCCAACACGUUAUUCCAUGGUCGGCCACGUCAUGCCUGUUACCAAUGGCUUUGGCUUUGCAUUUCCAAAAGGUUCACCCAUGGCUAAUGACAUAUCAAGGGAAAUUGCAAAACUCAGACAAGAUGGGACGCUUCAAAAGCUUGAAAAUGAGUGGUUCAAAAGUCCCAUCAUUGAUUUUGAUUCAGAUAAUACUUUGGGUAGUAUGAAUUCACUUACAAAUGAAAAUCAAGAGUGCAAGUGGGGCGGUGGCACAGUGGCGGUGCUUGCAGGAGAUGUGACUGGGGGCGGUGGGAUUAGGUGA